CUAGUAGGUAGUCGUCGGCCUUGCCCGCCACGUAAGCCGGUUUCGGCCAUCGAUGGCCUCUGAUGCCUCCAGCCCGUCGUUUGGCUGCAACUUGCUACAGUUACCUAAAGAAUUGCUGUCAGUCGUCUUGAGCCGCUUGUCUUGGCGCGACGCUUUACGCGCAUCGGCAACAUGUCACUGCCUCCACGAUCUCGUCUUCAGCCAGAACUCCUGCCUCUGGACGCACACCCUACGCCUUCCCAUUUCAGCGCUGCCAGGACCAGCCAUUUCGACCCUCUUGCUGCCUCAGCUCCACACCCUCACCAUAACUGCGGGCAAUGACAAAGACGAUGCCGUCCGCCCCUCCUCGGACGCUGCAGCCCUCAUAUUGCACGCCUGGCUGGAACGCCUUCUCCCGCACCACCCUCCCCCGGCCGCAGCCCCUGGUCAUCCCUCUCCGCUCUGUAACAGCGGCGAUGCCAACACCAGCCCUGCCACCCCAGCAGCCAUUCCAUCAGCCACACCAGCAGCGGCCCCCCUGCCGCCACCAGCUGCGCUGCCCGGCCCCCCGCUGCCGGCUGCUGCCCCCCUCUGCAACCUGCGGGAGCUGCAGCUGCACCUGGACGUGCUGCCCGCCAGCGCGCUGCUGCUGCUGCGGCUGGCUCCCCAGCUGAGCCGCCUGAGCUGCCUGUGCCUGCACGCGGGCGCACACAACGGCGCACCUCAGCAGCAGCAGCAGCAGCAGCGGCAAGUGGAGGGCCAGCAGAAGCAGCAGCGGCAGCAGCUAUUGCAGCAACGGACGCAGCAAUGUGGGCAGGUGAAGCGGGAAACACAGCAGUCACCUCCACCACCGCAGCAGCAGCAGCAGCAGAUGGAGGAACAAAAAAGAGAUGGCAUCGACCACCCGGCACACCAGCAACACCAACAGCAGCACCAGCAGGACCUCUUCUCACGCCUCUCCCAGCAGCUCUCCUCCCUCUCCCUCUCCUGCCCGGCCUGCCUAGACGCCCUCUUCUCCCACCUGCUCAGCACUACCACCGGCCCCCAGCCCCCCCUGCCGCCACCCCGCCUGACCCACCUGUCCGCCGCACCGCACCCGGCAGUCACCGGCGCCCUGGCGGCGGCGGCGGUCCAUGCGGCGCUGCCUCGGGCUCACCAGGCGCGAGCCGCCGCCGCCGCCGCCUCUGCUGCCGCCUCUCGGCAAAGCCACCUGGUGGUGACCGCCCUGGGUAAGGCGGCCUACCUGGCUAGGCUGCAGCACCCGCCACCUCCGGCACCACCGCCCUCCGCCGCUGCUGCCGCAGGGGGAGAAGAAGGAGAAGAGGAAGAAGAAGGGCGCGGCGACUGCAGCGCUUCUUCCUCUGAGUCCUCCGACUCGCCACACGACCACCCACAGCAAGGGCAACAGUCGCCCCCAGCAUCCCCCUCCCCUGCGCUCCUCAUCCCGCCCGCCCCCUCCCCCUCUCGCCUCCUCCUGACCUGUCUCGAGCUCCGAGGCGUCCGCCUCUCCCCCUCCCUCGCUCGCAGCGCCUUGCCCUGCCUGCCCCACCUGCGCUCCCUCUCCCUCGCGCACGUCUCCGUCGCCCCCAGCCACCCAGCCGGUUGGGACUGGCUGGGCGACUGCUCCGCCCUCACCCGCCUCGCACUGCUCCCCGGCUGCCCCCUCACACCCGCACGCCUGGGCCUAGCACACCCCGCCCUCUCCCGCCUCACCGGCCUGCAACAGCUGGAGGCCCCCGCAUGGGGCCUGCCGCGGGAGGCCCCCGCCAACCUGGCGCCCCUCACUCGGCUGACGCGGCUGGUCGCAGCCGCCGCCAGCUCCCUGCCGUACGUCGUACCGCAACCCCUGCCGUACGUCCAGGUGUUUGGAUGCGCGGGUUUCCUAGGCGGCACGCCGCUGGGGGGACAUCUGGCGGCGCUGAUGCCGGCGUUGACGGAGCUGCGGGCGCUGGAUCCAACCGAGUACGACAGCUUGGAUCUUGUUGCCGCCGCCGUUGCCGGCAGUGGAUUUGGUAUUGGUGUUGGCAAUGGGUUUGUGACUGGUAUCGGUAUCGGCGGCGGUGCGUUGUUGAAAAGAGGCGGGCGGCGGGGGACAGCUGCUGCUGCUGUCCAUGCGCCGGGCCCCACUGCCUCCUCCGCUCGCAGCCGGGUGGCUGCUGCGGUGCUGCCGCUGGACGUGCACAGCUGCGUGCGGCUGCACACGUUCGGGUCGCUGCGGCGGCUGGAGCUGGUGGGGGGCAGGGCGGGGGCGCUGGGGCAGGUGCUGGCGCCGCUGAGGGGCCUCACCAGUCUGACCCUGCGCUGGGCGUCCCUGCCGGACAGCGAUGACGAGGACGAAGAUGAGGAGGAGGAGGAAGAGGAGGAGGAAGAGGGCCCGCUACCGUUAGCCCUCCGCGUCAGCAGCAGUAAGAGCUCCUGGCGGCCGACAGCAGCAGCAGCAGCAGCAGCUGGAGGAGGAGGCGCGGGGGGCAGCUUUGGCAACGGCCGCUGCGGAGACAGCAGCGACAGCAGCACCAGCAGCGGCAACAACAGCGAGCGCAGCAUCAGCAGCGAUAGCGAUAGCGCCACUAGCGGCAGCACCGACCGUACUGACGGCCAGGCGGCGCAGCAGCAGCCUCAGCAGGGCGGCGGCGGCCGCACCCCCGCCCCCAGCCCCUGCCCCAGCUCCCCGACCCCCGCUGUGACCUGGGCUCGGCGGCUGGCGGGGCGGCUACCCGCACUCAGUGAGCUGGUGCUGGAGCAUGUGGCCGGGCUGGAGGGAGCGGAGGGGCAUGACGUGCUGGAG